ACGACCAUGUUAAAUAGAUCACAUGCUAUGCAUAAAUUUGUCCAGCUUUUCUCGAACAGUUUAUGCUAUGCUUUGACGCUGCAUAAAGCCAUAGAGCAAUUGCGGACAGAGACCAGCUCUGCAAAAAUGGCGAAACGUUUCAAGCUUAAAUUGUCGAGAGUAAUCACAUCCUUCAAUUCUUGCCGCUCCAAAGACCCGUCCACUUUCCCCGCCAAUCCUGUCCCUUCAUUUCUCGGACUUUCUCCGGUCAAACUCCAUCUCCCACCUCCAUCCAAGCCCCAACACUCUUCCUCUAUCAAGCGUCAUAUGUCCUCAGCCUUCGCUUCAAUCACCAGUGGCUUCAGAUCACGAUCCACUACUACACAUUACCUCUCUGAGACCGAACGCACCAAAUCACCACCACCACCUCCUCCUCCUCCUCCGCCUGAGUUCCAAUGGGAAAGAGAAGAGAAAUGGCACGUUGUGGCCAAAAUGUACGACGAAACUCCUCGUCGGAAAAUUUCUAACUCUUUGGUUUCCUGUGACUUUGAAAACGAUAACAUUUUUCUUCCUCCACCUCCUCCGCCCAACACGGAGCGGAAAAGACGACGGAUUAAAAAGAAGAAGAAAACAACACCAAGAAUCCGCAUCAGCAGUUCCUCAGCUGAUAGCGGACUUUUCAGCAGUGAAGGUUUAGAUGAUGAUGAAGAAGAAAUUGAUAUAGACAAUGAGGAAACGGAAACGUUAGUAUCAUCAACCAGAAGCUUCUCUACUGAUUAUUCUUCGCCGGAGUUCCGUGCCCAUUUGGAAACCAUACGUGAAUCACCCCUUAACAGGAUCAGUCAUCGCAGGAAAAAGGUUAAGAAGGCAAAAAGAUACGUUAAAAGGAAAGCGAGAAAGAGUUGUGACGAGUCACAGUCAUCUCCGGCCAGAUUGUCGAGGUUUCAGUGGCUGAUACCGUGCACGGUGGAGGGAAAGGUGAGGGAGAGCUUCGCAGUGGUGAAGAAAUCGGAGGACCCGUACGAGGACUUCAAGAGAUCGAUGAUGGAGAUGAUAUUGGAGAAGCAAAUGUUUGAAGUGACUGAUUUGGAGCAACUUUUGCAGUGUUUCUUGUCUUUGAAUUCUAGGCAUUAUCAUGGGGUUAUUGUUGAGGCUUUCUCUGAGAUUUGGGAGGAUUUGUUCUGUAAAAGUUCCAUUACCUAUGGAGUUUCAAGAGCUAUUUAAAUUAGUUAAAUUAGUUAAUAAUCAAAUUUCGAAUCUUGCAAUU